AGCUAGCCCAGCACACAGGAGCAGACCUGCAGACCAGACCCCAGGACCCUAGAGCCAUUCUCCUGCCUACUUCAGUGACUCUUCACCAGAACAAAAAACCUCUUCACCAUGCCUGUUGCCCUCCGCUUCCUCUGCCUACUCAGCCUGGCUGUUGGUGCUCUACACUGCACUCCCGUGCCUGACCAGGAGGGGGAGCUCUCAGAGCCCCAGCACACCGCCUGUCCCCCGGGCUGGUCCAGUUUCAACAACCGCUGCUUCAAGUACUUCGCCACUCAGCUGGACUGGGCCGAUGCAGAGUCCUACUGCGUGUCCCAUGGAGCCAACCUGGCCUCUGUGAACAGCAAAGGGGAAUUCGGCUUCGUGAAAAACCUGAUCCAUGGCUUCGACCCUGCUGAGAGCAAUACCUGGAUCGGGCUGAGUGACCUCCACAAGGAAGGGAGAUGGAUGUGGUCGGACGGCUCCAAGUUGGUCGACACGUUCUGGUCUCCAAAUGAGCCCAAUAAUGAAGAAGGAAGGGAGAACUGUGUUCACACUAAUAACGUAAAGGACAAGCUGUGGAACGACAUAUUCUGCUCCAACAAGUAUGCUUUUGUCUGCGCCACGCGUCCCGGCCUCUGAACCUCUGAGUCUUUAGUUCAAAGAUGCCUUGGUUUACAUAAAUAAAGAAAAACCAU